AUGGCAGAAGGAUCGAAGUCGGUCAAUUUAGGGACUCUUAGUUUAGAGCAAUUAACAGAAGUUAUUAAGCAACUUAAUACUGAGCUGGAAUACCUAUCGAGUUCAUAUGCUCAGUUAGGACGUGCACAUGUAAAAUUUCUUGGUUGUCUUAAUAGCAUAAAAGAAACAGUAAAGGCGGAAAAUGAAGAGCGAGAUAUGCUUGUUCCCCUUACAACUAGUCUCUAUGUACCCGGCAAGCUAAAACUGGGCAAUGGAAAAGUAUUGAUAGACAUUGGAACAGGAUACUUUGUUGAGAAGAGUGCUCCUGAUGCAAUUGAGUAUUAUCAAAGAAAGUGUGAAUAUCUACAAAACAGUGUUGAGAGCAUCAGCGGUGCUGUUGAAGCCAAGUCUUCCCAAAUACGAGCUGUUCAAUCCGUCAUGCAACAAAAAGCUACUGAUCAAAACACGAAGAGCGCUCCGGCAUCAGCGUAG